GCGGGGCUGCGCCUGAGGUAAAGGCAGAGGCCUCGGGGCGGGCAUGAGAUGCACUCCCGGUGGAGGCAGAACAGCCGCGCUGAGCCAUGGCCAGUACAGUGGUAGCAGUUGGGCUGACGAUUGCUGCUGCAGGAUUUGCAGGCCGUUGUGUUCUACAAGCCAUGAAGCAUAUGGAGCCUCAAGUAAAACAAGUUUUUCAAAGCCUACCAAAAUCUGCCUUCAGCGGUGGCUAUUACAGAGGUGGAUUUGACCCCAAAAUGACAAAACGGGAAGCAGCAUUAAUACUAGGUGUAAGCCCUACUGCCAAUAAAGGAAAGAUAAGAGAUGCUCAUCGACGAAUUAUGUUCUUAAACCACCCAGACAAAGGAAGAUCUCCUUACAUAGCAGCCAAAAUCAAUGAAGCUAAAGAUUCACUAGAAGGUCAAGCUAAAAAAUGAAGUAUAUUUAUGAUAAAUUUUAAGUUCAUAUUAAUUUUUGAGUACCAACUUUUUAUAAUAAAUGCCUCAAAUAUAAAGUUUUU